UUCUUCGAGUUUUUUUUGCAGCAUGUGAAUGGUCAGUGUUGCCCUUCUCCACCUUCCUUCUCUUUCCCUGAAUGGCAGCCACCCUCACCAACAGUCACAACAAUUUAUUAAUCGUUGCAGCGACUUGGAGAGGGAAAGCAGAUUCGGUCUAAAGUUUGAAUCUUCAUCUGGGUAUUAUUAAUCAAGGAGAAAGUUGUAUCUUUUAAUCGACAGAAAACUUGAUUGCAGUUUAUGAAAGAAUGGAAGUGAAGGAAAUAUGUAGAGUUAUAAGACUGAUAUGCUGCAUUGAAUUUAUGAGGAUGGGUGUGUUGUGGACAAUUUCUCUUCUAAUCUCUCACUUGCGUCAGUUACUUUGCAAUUCCAACACUUUCCCUCGCCGGCGACAACCAGCACAAAUCUCUGCUGCCAACCCACCUGUCUGCAUUGUAACUGGUGCAACAUCAGGGCUUGGAGCUGCAGCUGCCGAAGCUCUAUCGAAAGAGGGUUUUUUCGUCAUCUUGGUUGGAAGAUCUGGCCAUCUCCUGUCAAAGACUAUGGCAGAGAUCCGUGAACUAAAUGAAAAUGCCCAGCUUGAAGCAUUUGAGGUUGACUUGUCAUCCUUCUCAUCCAUUAUGAAGCUAAAGAACUCCUUGAUGCGGUGGCUAUUGGAUAUGAAUAUGCAUCCUUCAAUUCAACUGUUGAUCAACAAUGCAGGAAUACUAGCGACAUCAUACAGAGCCACUGAUGAUGGUUUUGAUGAGAUGAUGAUGACAAACUACUUGGGGCCAUUCUGUCUCACAAAAGUUUUACUACCGUUACUAAUAGACAGUCCUGUUCCAUCACGUAUAGUCAAUGUCUCAUCGUUUACGCAUCGAAAUGUAAAUGAUAUGCAGGUGGAUGAGGAACUUUUUUAUGGGAAGUCCUAUUCAGAUUUCAGGAACUAUCCAUUUGCUCAAAUAUAUGAAUGCUCCAAAUUGUGCAUAUUACUUUUCUCAUAUGAGCUUCAUCGACAACUUUGCAAAGAUAAAGUGUCUCAAAUGUCUGUCAAUAUUGCGGAUCCUGGAGCAGUAAAAACCAACAUCAUGCGGGAAAUUCCUCAUUGUCUUUCCCAGCUAGCAUUUUCUGUCCUAAGACUUUUGGGAAUCUUGCACUAUCCGGAGAAAGGGGUCAGCUCAAUUCUUGAUGCAGCCCUUGCUCCACCAGAAACUUCAGGAAUGUAUUUCUUUGGUGGAAAAGGCAGGGCAAUCAAGUCUUCUCCCUUGUCCUACGACACGAUGCUUGCAAAGAGAUUAUGGGGGACAUCAUGUGAUAUUUUUCUAGAGUUGAAGCGUACUUAUGAGAAAUCUACAUUGAUAUCUGCUUGUGACUAGGCCGGAAUUCAAGAUACCCUUUGACGUUAAAAUAUUCAGCAAAUUUUCAGGUUGUAUAUUGUCAUAAUAUUCUCCCUCAAAAUGGAACCUAUUCGCGUUCAAUUUUUGAAGAACCAGAGGUUGAGAAGCUCUUUCUCAAGCAACCACAGCUGCAGUAGAUUUGGAGCAACACACAGUUAGUAACAAAUGUGCAUUAGUUCUCUUGAUAUUUUAUGUAAUACAAGUAGUCUUUCCUGUUUUUAGUUUUGCAGUAACAACUUUUAGGUUGUUCAGCAACUGGUGUUCUGUAAGAACAUAACUUCAUUUGGGACUGACAGUCUGACGUCGACAGAUGAUAAAGAAAAUGGUUGAGCUGACAGAUUCAACUGAGAUGGUUACCGUUGCCAAUAAUGAGUGGUUCAAAUUCUAAUUCUUAUGAGACAAUUUUGCCAAUGUUGCCAAUAAUGAGUGGUUCAAUUUGUUUCAUUCUCUUGAAUCCUUUCUUAAAGAAUGCAUUUCUUUUGACUUUUGUUAUUCUUCUGUUCUUUUUAUUCCCACGGAUUGGAGGUGUUCCUUUUCUGAGGGGUGAAAGAACAUACUUAUAAGAUGACCAAUUAGUUACUCUAUAUUCUCA